CGCAGACACUCCCACGCCCUCCGUCCCCCUCUGCUGCUCAUUGGUCCAUUCGGCAUCUUCAGCACCGCGCAGGCUGAACAGCGACACUCGGCCGGGCAGCUUCCACCACACGAGGAUGCCGCCCGGCGGACACGCUUCCGCGCGCGGCCCCCCCGACGCGGUUCGCCUGACGUUAUUGUAACAAAAUGUCAUCGUUUUUCUGUCCGUCGACAACGCGUGUUGACGGCGGGUUUGUGCGUGGCUCGUUUUCCCCUCCGCCUCUGAUCGGGAACGAGCCGCCCGCGUCGCCUUGACUCCGCCAGAGGAAGCUUGAUAUCCCCCCGUCACCGAUGCGCGGACUCGCGCGUUUUGCUCGUCGCACCGGGGUUCCCUCCCUCCGAGUCCACACGCAUGACGGACGGUAACGCCGCCGCCGCUCAAGGUACAGGCAGCAGCAGCAGCAGCAGCAGACGAGCCUCGUCGCCCGACAACCGGGUCUCCCUGCCGGCGCCCCGGUGUCCGCCGGGCCCCCGACGCUGUGUGACAUGACAGCUCGGGGAAGGAAGAAGAGGAUCAAAGGUUACGGGCAGGGGCUCCAGCGGGCCGGAUCCUUGAGGAGGGGGCACACGGAGGCGCACGGUGCGCACGGCUCGAGGGGAACGGACAGAACCGGACCCGGGUCGAAAAUCCACGCGACGCGUUGUUAACAUCCUCGCGUGGGUGUUUCUCUUGGAGACUCCAGAGAGGUCAGAGCACGCGGGAUAAGCAACGGAGCGUCACCCCUGGAGGCCGGGUGACGUGCCCGUAUACAGCAGAAAGGCCGGUCCGGGAGGUGGGGGGAGGGGGGAGGAGGGCGGCGGAGUUCGAACCCGGGUACCUGGACCCUGCCGCCCCUCCAACCCUCCUUAUUGUGACUGUCGUCCGGGCCCGCGGUGCGGUACCGCUCCCACCUCUCUGCCUUACAGCCGCAUCUGAUGCACGGCCUCGUGGUGUUGACACUGGUCGAGUCCCAGUCAGCAGUGCGGUUCCCCGGGCCCGGCGGGCUCACUUGGCUGCUCCUGACCGUCACCUUCACCUUCACCGCCAUGGGCUGCAUCCAGAGCAUCGCCUGUAACAAGUCGCGCCUCAAGCGGGAGAACAUCGUGGUGUGCGACCUGUCCGCCACCAUAGACCACUGCCCGACCGUCAUCGAGGAGAACUCGCCCAUAGUGCUUCGCUACAAGACGCCCUAUUUCAAAGCCUCGGCGCGGGUCGUGGUCCCCCCCCUGCCUCGCAACGAGACGUGGGUGGUGGGCUGGAUCCAGGCGUGCACCCAGAUGGAGUUCUACAACACCUACGGAGACGUCGGCAUGUCAAGUUGGGAGCUUCCUCAGCUACGAGAAGGCCUGGUGAGGGCCAUCAGCGACUCGGACGGCGUGAGCUACCCCUGGUACGGAAACACCACAGAGACCGUCACCAUAGUCGGCCCCACCUCCAAGCCGUCGCGCUUCGUCGUCAGCAUGAACGACAACUUCUACCCCAGCGUCACCUGGGCCGUGCCGGUCAGCGAAUCCAACACGCCCUUACUGACUAACAUCAAGAGAGACCAGAGCUUCACCACCUGGCUGGUGGCGCUCAACACCACGUCGCGGGAGAAGAUCCUCCUCCACACCAUCAAGUGGAGGAUGAGGGUCGACGUGGCGGUGGAUCCGUCCCUGCCUCUGGGCUCCAGGGCGCGGCUGGUGGGCCGGGUGCACCAGGACCAGCCGCGGGUGCUGAGCCGCAUGGAGCCCAUCCCUCCCAACGCCAUGGGGAGGCCCAACGCCAACGACGCGCAGGUUCUGAUGUGGAGGCCGAGGAGAGGGCCUCCGCUCGUUGUCAUACCAUCCAAGUAGAGCGUCCGAUUGGCCGCUUCUGACGUCUUCGUCAGCGGUGGGUCGUCGUGACGGAUGUGACAGCAAAAAAAAA